UUCCCCGGACGUGCCGGUACGCUCCGCCGCCCCGGGCACCGACGGGCACCGGAGCCGGCCAUGCCGCCUUUACCGUUGCUCCCCCCGUUGCUCCUGCUUUUUCUGCGCCUCCUCCGCGCCGAGCCCCUCGCCUACCCCGCCGUGAUUUCCCCCCAAGACCCCACCCUGCUGAUCGGCUCCUCGCUGGUCGCCACGUGCACGGUCAGCCCGGACUUUCACCUGAAAGCCGAGGACCUGUACUGGACGCUGAACGGCCGGCGCCUGCCCGCCGCCUCCUACGCGGCGCUGGGCCCCACCACGCUCAGCGUGGCCCUCGCCCACCUCAACGGCUCCAAGCAGCAGUCGGGGGACAACCUGGUGUGUCACAGCAGAGACGGCGGCAUCUUGGCCGGCUCCUGCCUUUACGUUGGACUACCCCCAGAAAAACCAGUCAACAUCACCUGCUGGUCCAAAAACAUGAAGGACCUCACCUGCAAAUGGGCACCGGGGACGGAAGGGGAGACCUUCCUGCACACCAACUACACCCUCAAGUACAAGCUCAGGUGGUACGGCCGAGACAACACGUGCCAGGAGUACCACACGGCCGGGCCCUACUCCUGCCACAUCCCCAAGGACCUGGCCCUCUUCACGCCCUACGAGAUCUGGGUGGAGGCGUCCAACCGGCUGGGGGUGGCCGUCUCCGACGUCGUCAUGCUGGACAUCCUCGACGUGGUCACCACGGACCCGCCGCCGGACGUGCAUGUCAGCCGGGUGGGCGACCUGGAGGACCAGCUCAGCGUGCGCUGGAGCUCUCCCCCAGCCCUCAAGGAUUUUCUCUUCCAAGCCAAGUACCAGAUCCAGUACCGGGUGGAGGACAGCUCGGAGUGGAAGGUGGUGGACGACGUGGGCAACCAGACGUCGUGCCGCCUCGCCGGCCUCCGCCCCGGCACCGUCUACUUCGUCCAGGUGCGUUGUAAUCCCUUCGGGAUCUAUGGCUCCAAAAAAGCCGGCAUCUGGAGCGACUGGAGCAACCCCACCGCCGCCUCCACCCCACGCAGCGAGCGAGCGGUGGGGGGCUGCGACGCCAAAGGAGGGGAGCAGAACACGACGCUGCGGCGGGAGCUGAAGCAGUUUUUCGGGUGGGUGAAGAAACACGCUUACGGCUGCUCCAACCUCGGCAUCAAGCUCUACGACCAGUGGCGCGUGUGGCUGCAGAAAUCGCACAAAACACGCAACCAGGUAGGUUCUUCCCGGCGAUAAGUUGUAGCCCCCGGGGGACUGAGCGCCGGCAGGAUGACAUGGGGCGCCCGGCGCCCACCCAGGACCACCCGCGCCUGCCCCGGCCCCGCCGGGGGGGAGCAGGAAGGCGGCCAGGGCGAAACGCAGCCCCGCAGCCCCCGGGGAUGGGAUGGGGUGAAGCGGGGGGGGGCAGGCUGGGCCAGCUCCGGGAGCCUCUCGCGUGUCGCUGGCCCCGUGGGACUGCGGCCCCCGGCCCCACCGCUCGCACCCCGGGGCAGCGAGGGGACCCCCCAGCCUCACUCGGCCGGGGUGGGCACAGAGGUUUUGCUCCUUAAUCACCAACCGGAGAAGCCUCUGGGAUGAAAGGGGCAGUGGGGGCUUCCCGGGUGUCCCCCCACCCUCGGCACAGUCUCCACCUCUACCACCCUGGGAAGUGAUUUUGGCUCUUUUCUCCCCGAGGACCCACGUGCGAGUGCAUGAGGGGGGGUCCAUCCCCAGGGAGCCACACGGGCUGGUUUGAGGCUGCUGGGGUUUGCCCAGUGCCUGCUCCAAUUUUGAUUCAAACCAGCCUUAUUUUGGUUCCAUUUCAGUCAAUUAGGAACAGAUUUAAGCUUAAUGCCAAUAAACCUCUGAAACCCCACCGGGGUCUGCGUCAGCGGAGCGGCAGCAGCGUGCGGGGACGGGGAUGCAGCGGGCAGCCAAAAGGGACCUGUGUCCCUUGUCACCCCAUCCUGGGGC